AUGUUUGGGAAACCGCCAUUCCUUCGUUAUCCAUUAUGGCGUUGGACAGCAUUAUGGUCGGUGGCUUCAGUAUUAAUAUCAGGAACUAUUUUUUUGAAACUGCGUCGUCAUGAAGCUGAGCGUCGCAAAAAAUGGGAACACUUUUUCAAAACUUAUGAUGCGUAUGAACACAUCAAAGAAAUUUGCUCACAUUCUCCGGGAAUAAUGCAUAGUUGUCCCAAGGAUCUUGCAUUGGCUUAUGAAAAUGCUGGUUUGAAGAAACAAGGCGAGGCUUGA